CGUUCACGUAACAUCUCGUCAUGCCGCACCUUGCAUUUCUGGCACUCCUUCCAACGACGGUGUAUGAUAUGCGCAGGGGUUUAGUCGAGUGGAAUGUUGUAUGGCUUAGGGUGGUGUUAGGGAGAUAUGGGAAUCUAGGCUUAGGAACGAGCCAUAGCUCUGGUGAUAGCUCUGUUGAACAGUGGUAUCAAAGAGUUCCUGCACCCGUUUACUCGUGGUCUCUUUUGUGAAUCCCAUAGUUAUAGCUUACUUGCUGUAACAUGGUCAGACCGCCGCCGCGCAUAACCGUUACACCAAAAGGUGAAAUACUGAAAGCUUAUGUUUCAGCAUCAGCGACGGUAUAUGUACUGAUUAUGAGAACUCAGGUAGUAAGCCAGCGUGCUUACACUUGCUUUCC